GAGUGGCAGUCUGUUGGGAUUCUAAAGGAGACCUACAGACUGGUCUUGUUACUAUUGACCAGGAAGUACCUUGUUUUGUUUUUAAAGUUCUGUGUUCUUAUUUGCAUUACGUGUUCUAGAAGAGUAUAUUCUAAAUCAUUUUGCUCUCUCCCCUUGCCGGAAGUGCUCGAAUACUAAACACAUACACUCAAAAGAGGAAACUCAGGAACUCAGAAAUCAUGUGACCAAUGACUAAGUUAAAUCUUUUCUGCUUACUGAAAGGGAAGAGUCUGAUGAUUAGUUGCCGAAUCUCCUUGUGUUUUUAAAGUUUUGGUGAUACUGAAUCAUGUUCCCAUUUAUGCUUUUUUCCACUCUAUUUUCUUCCAUAUUCACUGAACCUGGGGAGCAACAUUGGAUCUGCAAUUCCUCUGAUUCCAGUGUUUGGUAUACCUAUUGUGAUGACAUGAAAGUUCCUAUUUCCAUCGGUCUUAAUCCCUGUAUAACAUUGAAGGGAAGCAAGGGAUAUUUGCAUAUUUCCUACAUUGCAAGAAGAGAUAUUGAAAAAUUAUAUUUCAAUCUCUAUUUAUCUUUUCACUCCAUGCAUUUUCCAAUGCGCAAAGAAGUUAUUUGCCGAGGAUCUGAUGAUCUUUAUUCUUUCUGCAGAGCUCUGAAGGGAGAGACUGUGAAUACAACAGUAUCCUUCUCCUUCAGGGGAAUACGAUUUUCAAAGGGACAAUACAGAUGUGUUGCAGAAGCCAUCUCUGGAGAUCCUGAAGAAAUGCUCUUUUGUUUGAAUUUUACCAUCAUACACCACCCUGAUUUCAGUUAGAAUAAAUAAAGUAUAUUUUUAUUUUUCAGAGG